UUGAGGAGGGUCGAGCCCAUCACUUGUCCCGGCGGUGGGGGAGGGGGCCGCUGCCCCCCCUCGGGAGCGUGAGCUGGGGGAAACCCUGAGGUCCGGCUGGCCCGGCCCCCCACCUGCAGCGAGUCCGUCCCAGGAAUUCGGCUCCUUCCCUGCCUUGGCUGCGGGGCUCUGAACAUAGUGAGGGAUCCAACGUAAUCUGGGAGCAGCCGUUUGGUUCCUGGUUCGCGGCUCCGCUGAACUCCGCGCUCCGGGCGCUUCCUGCUUCCCUCUCCCAUGGGCUCCCCAGUGUCAUUUGUUUUAUCCAGGAUGGCGGCAUGCGGAGGCGCCACUAAAAAUAAGCUCACGGUCUCUAAGCCCGUCUGGGACUUCCUGACCAAAGAGGCCCCCUCCAAGCUGGUCAAGCUGAAGGAGGAGACCAAGCUGAGCAUUCUGAUCGACGGGGAGACCUCGGAGAUCUACGUGCUGCAGCUCUCCACGCCGGCCCCCGGGGCCGGCAACGGCCUCUACCUGGCCCGCAAAGCCCUCAAGGCCCUGCUCAAGGAGACGGAGAAGGAGCUGAAGAAGGCGCAGCGGGAGCAGAGCGAGCUGGUGGGGUGCAUGGCCCUGCUGGAGAAACCCGGGGCCGAGCUGCGCCCGCACGGGGCCGGCCUCGUCUCCCGGGCUCAGCAGCCCGCCGGGGCCAGGGCGGGGGGCCCAGGGGGCGCGGGGGGGCUGGGGGGGGCGGCGGCGGGCGGCUCGCGGGAGGAGGAGCAGGAGAGCCAGUGCCCCAUCUGCCUGGGCGAGAUCCAGAACGUAAAGACGCUGGAGAAGUGCCGGCACUCCUUCUGCGAGGCCUGCAUCACCCGGGCGCUGCAGGUCAAGCGGGCCUGCCCCAUGUGCGGGCGCUUUUACGGGCAGCUGGUGGGCAACCAGCCCGAGAACGGGCGCAUGCUGGUGUCCAAGGACUCGAGCCUGCUGCUCCCCGGCUACGAGAAAUACGGCACCAUCAUCAUCCAGUACGUCUUCCCGCCUGGCGUCCAAGGGGUGGAGCAUCCCAACCCGGGCGUGCGGUACCCGGGCACCACGCGGGUGGCCUACCUGCCCGACUGCCCGGAGGGGAACAAGGUGCUGGCCCUGUUCCGCAAGGCCUUCGACCAGCGCCUGACCUUCACCAUCGGCACCUCCAUGACCACAGGCAGAGCCAACGUCAUCACGUGGAACGACAUCCACCACAAAACCAACUGCACCGGGGGACCCCAGCUAUUCGGGUAUCCCGACCCCACGUACCUCGCCAGGGUGCAGGAGGAGCUCCGAGCCAAAGGCCUCACUGAGGAUUAACCCUUUCUCUGCUGCGGCUCCUGCUGUGGUACCGGGGGGUGGCAGGACGGCCCCACAGCGUCUCAUGUCCAGCUGGGCCUGGGGUGGCCACGCAUCCGUCAUGGCAAGGUGCUUCGCUGUCUCCACCCUGGAUUGCGGCUGAGGGCCCCGCGCUGUCAGUGCCAGAGCCUCUCCCCACUGCCAGUGCUACUUGGGGGGGGGGGGUGGAAUGUGUGACGAGGGGGGGGUGUAUGGAGAGGGUAGAGUGAGAUAAAGUGUGUGUGUGAGAGAGAGA